AUGGCUGAGGAACUCGGCUGCUUGAAGCCUAAACACCAAAGCGUGCAGGUAGAUGUGGGGCUUGGGAUCACGUCGGCGGUGCCAGCGCCCAUGGGGCUCCUUGGUCUGGUCCUGCUCUGGGUGCUGACGGCUGCGACUUCAGGGAAAAUUCCAGACUCGCUGGUGGAGCAGGCGGCCUCCUGCAUGACUUCGUGCUCAGGUUCAGCUGAUCCCCACCUCCCCCUGGGCACCAGAUACACCUAUCACUUUUCCACCAACACCAGCACCAGCCUGCAGGGGGCCCAGGAGGAAGGGAGUGGCCUUGGUCUCCAAGGCUUGGUCACCCUUGAUGUGCUUGGCCCCUGCCAGAUGGCUUUACGGCUCCAACACUUCCAGGUGACAUCCAUCCUGGGGUCCAAGGUGGAAGUUCUGAAGGAGUCAGAGAGUUUGAGUGCCACUCUGGGCCACGUGCCGCUGCGCUUCGUCCUGCACGCAGGGCGCGUGGCACGCCUGUGUCCUGGACACUCCGAGCCGCGCUGGGCGCUGAACGUGAAGCGCGCUGUGCUGAGCCUCCUGCAGGGUCGCCCGGGCACCCGCAGCCCCCAGACCGUCGAGGAGGUGGAUAUCCUGGGCAGGUGUCCUACCGUGUACCAGCAACGCGGAACCAGGCUGCACAAGACCAAGGACCUGGCGCGAUGCUCUCUGCGCAGGGUGCGCGCCUCCCUGCGCUCCCAGGCCCUGCCCGCGGCGGAGGUGAGUACCGCCUUCCGCCUGACCUGCGUCCAGAGUUUCCAGGCCGGAGUGCUGGGGGAGGCGUCCUGCAUGGAGCUGGACACCGUGGGGCCCCUCUCUGGGGAGGCGAGUGCUGUGCAGAUGCGGACCCUUUCCUCGCUCACCCUGCUGUCUGAGAUGCCCCAGGACCCGGCUGUCGCAGAUCCAGACGAUGGAGACUUAACCCCAAGCAGCCUGUUGUACGAAUGGGAGGAGACACCGUCCCAGGCUACGGUGGCCAUGGUGGCUGCAUCAGUGAGGAAGCUGUGCCUGGCUCAGACCACAAGCUUUGAGGCCGCAGAGCUGUUCCUGACGCUGGUGUCUGAGCUCCGGGGCCUCUCUGCGGAUGAGCUCACGGAACUCUGGGAACAUUCUUUUUUCAAAUGCCGAGACAACUGGCGACCGCUGGUGGAUGCCCUGCCCUCCUGUGGCACCAAGCCUUGCGUGAGCCUCAUGGCGGAGCUCAUUGUGUCCGGGGAGUUGGAGGCAGAUGAGACAGAGGCGUGGCUCUGGUCACUGGCCUUUGUCCCGCAGCCCACAGAUGCCAUGGUCCACGCGCUGCUGCCACUGCUUCAGACCCCGGAGGCCAGCCCCAGCGCCUUCCUGGGCAUCUCAGCUCUGGUGCAUAACCUCUGUGUGUCUCUGGACGGGCUCUGCGGGCAGCUGCCUGGUGUUGGCUCCCUCAUGAGGAUCCUGGAAGACGCCUUGGGUGCCAACUGCACCUUCCAGGAACCCUCGGAUGCUGAUCAGCUCCAGCUCGUGCUGAAGGCCAUUGGCAAUGCCGGCCUGGCGGCCGUAGCUCUCACCCCCAAGCUGAGCACUUGUGCGUCCCUCAGGAGCUGCCCCCCUGAGAUCCGGCUGGGGGCCAUCCAGGCCUUCCGGAGGGUUCCCUGCUCUGCAAACCGAUCCGUGCUCUCCAGCCUGUACCAAAGCCCCGAGGAGGAUGCUGAGAUCCGCAUCAAUGCCUACCUGGCACUGAUGAGGUGCCCGGGCGAGGAGGUGUUUGCCCAGGUGCGGCGCACCCAGGCAGGAGAACCGUCCACCCAGGUGGGCUCCUUUGUGUGGAGUCACCUCCUGCAGCUGCUGGAGACGGGCGAUCCCCUGAAACGGGCCCUCCGGGAAGCCAUCCCUGAGGACAUUGUCAGCCAAGAGUUCCAUCCAGAGACCUGGAAACACUCAUCCUACUCUGACGUCACCUUCCGCUCAGCAUCAGGCAGCCUGGGAGCCAACCUGGAGGGGACGCUUCUCUUCUCUCCGGCCUCCUUCCUUCCCCGUUCUGCCACAGCCAACCUGACUGUCCAUGCCCUUGGUCGUGCCUUCAACCUCCUAGAGCUGGGGCUCCGGCUGGAAAAUGCCGAGGAAAUGGCCCGCAGGCUAUUUGGCCCGAAGUCAUUCCGGGGGCAGGAAGAGGAGAGACAGGCCCAGGCGGAAAAGCCCCCAGAGCCAGGACCAGGGCCUACACCGCAGCCAGCCCACCCCGCCUGUCCAGGAGAAAGGUCCAGAAAGAUGAGAGACCUGCAGCAGAAGGUGGCCCAGAGGCAUCAGGAGCCGCGGGCGCUGCAGUGUAAGCUGAGCAUGAAGGUUUUUGGGCACGAGCUGAGCUUUGUGAACUGCGGGGCGAUGGGGAGUCAUGUGACACGCCGGUCCCUGAACCUGGCCGAGCUUGCUGUCAAGCUCCUGAAGGGCCAGGAAGUGCAGGUGAACCGAAGGCUGAACCUGGCCAUGGAGGAGCUCACUUUUCCCACCAUGUCUGGACUCCUAGCCCGGCUGACCCUAAAUGCCUCGGCUACCAUCAGCAUCCGGGUCAGAGGGACAGCCAACUUCCAGCAGCGCUCGGAUUUCUCUGUGAAUGGUUAUGUCAAGCCCAGCGCCCUGCUUCAGAUCUCGGUGCAGAUGGGCACAGUGGGCACCCUGGGGCAGGCUGGGCUGAGGUGGGUGACCGGAGUCCGUGGCACCGCCAGCCUGGAUGGAGGGAUCCGGACAAAGAAGGGCCAGGACCUCAGGGUACAUCUGAACACACCCGAGGAGGCUGUGGAGCUGCUCCGCUUCAGCUCUCAGCUGUUUCUCAUCACUGGGGAUGGCAUGAGGAACCUCAGUCACGCUCACAUCCCUUCUGAGGCCCAAUCCUGUACCGACAAGGAAGCGUCCCGCACUUGGGGCUGGCAGCUGUGCACUGAAGUGAGCUGGCCUCCAGCCGGGCAGCCCUACCUGCUCUCGGUGCCUGUGUUUGCGGCUGUGAUGCUGAAGAAGCAGGACCGGGGGCUCCAACACUAUCUGCUGGAAGCUGCCUAUACCCUCCACCCCCCGAAGGACGGCUGGCUCCCUCAAGAAGCCUCAGCCCACAUCUUCAUGGGCACGCCCAGGUCGGAAGUGCCCAGGGACGUCGGGGUGGAUAUCAGCUACAGCUGGCCCCAGAGGAAGUUCCGGCUCAAGCUUCUCCACCCCAAGAAGAAAAUUGAGCUGGACGGAAAGAUCGACACUCUGCAAAGUGCCUGCAUGGGUCACCUGGAACUGAUACUGGAUGACAGGGAUGUCUACUACAUCAAGGGCCGGAGCAACCUGUGGCCAGCAGCAGGUGGUGAGGCUCAGCAGGUCGAGGCCCAGCUGGAGGUGAAACUGGUGACAUCGGGCAGCCCUGUGGUCCUUGCCGGGAACCUCAGCCGGCAGGCAGGCAGCAGGCUGGCCUUCUCCAUGUCAUUGAGCAACCUGCUGAGUGACCAGGCACACGUGUCAGCACUGCUGGAGAAGAAGGUGGAGGACGGGCAGCAGGUGGUGGCCCUGGGUGGCGAGCUCUUCGUGCCAGGGCUUGUGGGGCUGCGCACCCUAGGCCUGCUGCAGCAGCGGGCCCGCCUCUGGACCAGCUCCCUGAGGAUCAAGUAUGGCCUCCUGGGUCAGGCGAAGCAGCUGGCACAGGAGUGCAGCACCAGGCAGAAGCUGCGGGUGGAGAGCGGCUCAGAGGCCACCUACAAGCUGGAGCUGGACCAUGAACUCCACUGCACGCAGAUCCCAGCGUUCAGCCACAAGGUCCAGCUGCGGCAUGAGGAGGGCUCAGGCCACCUCCACUGGGAGCUGGAGGCGAGCUAUGGGAGGCACUGGGAUGACAGCCGCAACAAGAGGCACCUCCGCAUCAGCCAGACCUUCCAGAACGACUCGGGCCCAGCCCUGAGCAAUUACUUCAUGGAGUUUGUCUUGCAGGUGCCCACGAGGCAGGUGGAUUACCAUACGCAGCUGCACCACUUGAGCCUCCGCCAGCCCCAUGUGGAGAGCAGCACAUACCUGAAGGUGCAGUACAAUGGGCGGCUGCCCUUUGUGGCAGGCUUGCAGUGGAAGGACACAUCCAGGGCCACCCUGUGGAAGUGGGAAGGAGCCUUGAACCUGGAUAGUCCAUGGCUGAUGGUCUCUGCGGCUCACAGGCUGUACUGGCCCCACCGAGCCACGUUCCAGGCUGUUUUGGAGCUGACGCUGGGCAAGGCCUGGACCCUCAAGAAUCUGGUGAUGAACAUGGCCUGCAAGAGCCAAGGCCUCCGCAGGGAGGGCAAGAUCCACGUCUACACCCCAGCUACCACCUACCUCCGGGUUUCCACAGUGAUAGCCGUGGCACAGAGCAUCUUUCGCAGCUGGAGUGAAGUAGAAUCAGCCUGGAGUGCAGCAAUGCAGGGUGAGAUCCAUGCCGAGAACAGCCUGGGCCGUAAGAUCCUUCACGGCUGGUUGAAGGGCCCCCAGCAGGAGUUGAAUUUAACAGCGGCCUACAGGCAUACAGAGCAGCCAUGGAAGAGCCACGUGUUGCUGACGGCUCUGGGGGCCAGUGCCGGGGGCCAGCCUCAGGGCCUGCAGCUGGAGGGCGAACUGGAGGAGCUAAUGCAAGACAGGAGGUUGUACCGGAAGCAGGGGACUUUCUUCCUUAGGCACCCUUGGACUCUGCCCAUCCCGCAAAGCAUCCUCCUGCAGGAGACCUUCACGGUGGACAGGCAGCACCAGCGUUACUCCCUGGAGACGAGGGUUGUUCUGGGUGGCCAGGAGGAGACCCUGCAGACCAUAGUCCUGGGCUACCAGGCUGGGCACCCAUACGUCUGCGCGGGCCUGACCCACCCAUACAACGGCAAGGCCAUCCCCAGGAACUUGGAGGGGUGCGUGGUUACGUGGAACCAGCACAUCGCUAAGAACAAGGACGUCGAGGUCACUCUGAAAGUCAACCAGAGAGUCUUGCUGCACUUAAAGGGUCUGCACCAUGACCGAUCUCGGCGUGGGGAAGUCUGGCACAGCCUGGCCCUGGAUGUGGCUCACUCCUCCCAGCUGAGGUUCCCCCAGGCCCUGAGUUUGGAUGGGGACAUUGUCUUCAGGCGGAGUCACCAGGGAGCAUUUGACUGCGGUGUGGAUGCACGGGCUGCCGUCAAUCACAAUGUCAUGUCCCAGGUCUCAGUCCAGCUGAACGGGUCUGACUCCCACUUGGUGUUUUCCCUCCAGCUCAGACAUCCCCACAGACCAACAUUUCCUCCAGACUUACAGGUGCAGGCAGCUGCUGGGCGCUACAAAGAGCGCAACCUCAACGGCUCCCUGUCUGUGCACGUGUCUGGUGAGGUGCUCGUUCUGCUGGAGGCCACUGCCAGCCUGGAUACCUGGAGGAGCAGCCGGGGCUGGGACAUGAACGUCCUCCUCCGCCAGGAGGUCCUCAGAGCCCCCAGAGCUGUUCAGCUGCAGCUGUCCGGCAAGGUCGCCCCAGACAGGAUUUGGCUGUUUUCCAAGGCACUGCUAGACCAGAACACAGUGCAGCUUUUUCUCAAGGCGUCUGAAGAGCAGAGGGGAGGCCAGGUCCUGACCCUGCAUAGCCAAGCCCAGCACACCUGGGCAGCCGUGCCCCGUCUUCUGACCCUCACAGGUGUGCUGAAAAAGAAGGAGACACUCACAGAAGGUACCAUCAAGGUCACUGCCAACUCAGCUGUGCUGGGAUUCCUCUUGCGGGACAAGCAUGAGAAGGCAGGGAACAGCACCAGUCUGCACAGUGUGACCUGCAUCCUUGUCCAGAAUGGCAGCCGGGCCUUGCCAGGAGAGCUCCAGCUGAGGGGGCGACUGCAGGCCCAGACGGGGAGCCUUGAGGGCCAGGCCAGCCUCCGUGCUGACACGGCCAGCCUAGCUCUGGGUGGAGUCUGCAUCUGGGGCCCUGGGCACGGCCAGCUCUCGGUCACACUGAGUCACAACAUCAGCGCCUUGAGUGAGGCAGGACUCCCCUCCCAGGCAGAGAUGCUCCUACUGCACAGCCACGUGGCUUCCAACCUCUCGGUGCGUGUGAUGCUGCGCAGUGCAGAGCGUCAGCUGGAUGCUGCCCUUGGCCUGGAGGGCCCGGUCACCAGCACCCCGGGCAGCCGGCUCCGUGCCAGCCUUGGCCACACGGUGCCCGGCCUCAGGCGCUGGGGCCUCCCCUUCUCCGUGGACGGCCGCGGGCACUUGCAGAGCGUGGGACCCAGUCUGGCGGUCGCGCUGGUGGUGAACGUGGAUGGCGAUCAGCUUCGUGUAGCCCUGGAGUGGAGGGGAGCCGGCGGCCGCUGGGGGCUGGCCCUGGGGCUGCACCAUGGCCUCUCAAGGCUCCAGGAUCAGAUGAGGAACCAGUUAGAAGUCAACUGCAGUGGAGACGCUUCGCCUGCCCAGCUGUCAGGGCUCUGCUGGGGGGACGUCACUGGGUGGCCUCAUGAGGUCUCCGUGGACGUUCACGACAGUGACUCUGGCUUUGAGAAUUCAGGACGCGUCUCGGCAGGGGCCACAUCUCUGAACUACUCCGUGAGCUGCCGUCACCACGAUGGGCGCCUGGAGCUUUCUGGCUGGAGUGAGCACGACAGCCAGGCCCUGUGGCAGGCGGGGUUCCCGGCGGAGGCCCGCAUCAGCGCUGAGCUGCAGACACGCGAGACCCAGACCCAGGCCCAUGUGGUCCUCCGAGGUGGGGAAGGUGGGAUCAGCGUGGACGUGGCAGCCCUGGUGGCCUGGCCGAUGAACGGCCCCCUGGAGCUGGUGGUGAACGUCAGCCACACGGCGCCCGCUCUCCGGAGGCUGGGCCUGCCCUUUGCCAGCCAGCUCAUGUUCUGGGAGCUCUGGGCAGAGGAGGAGAUGAGUUCUUCCCUGCAGCUGACCUGUGAUUCUCAAGCCUGCCUGGUCUUCAAUGUCCGUGGCCAGAACCGGGCGCUCAGCAAAGAGCUGCGGCUCUCAGGCCGGCAUCACCUCCCCAUCCUCCUAGGCUGCUGCCCCACCAGAGCCUCAGCCUCGGCCAAGCUACGGUACUCUGAGGGUGGAGCCGAGAGCACAUUUGCCUUGAUGGUGGAGGAGCAUCAUUUCCACGUUGGCUCCAGGCUGGUGGCUGCUAAGAACAGUCUCACCAACAUCAUCACGCUGGAACAGACCUUCCCCCAGCUCCACACCCUUCCUGGGGAGCUGGUCCUGCAGACCUCAUACGAGCGAGCCCGUGGCACCCGUGUCCUGCACCACGUGGUGCUGUGGGACGGCCAGGAGAUGGCCAUCAACGGGAGCCUCUCCGGGCCCUUCCUCAAGCCCACCGGGACCCUCAGCCUGCAGGUGGAGCUCACCCACUUGCUGCCGCUCCCCCUGCCUCGGCACUGCAGCCUCCGCCUGGCCUCUGAGCAUUCGCGACGCAGCCACCAUGAUGACCUGGUUGUGGGCUGGGAUGGCAAAAACCAGGUGGUGCUGUCCUCCUCUCUUCGGCUGGGGAAGGGCGAGCUGGCCGCCCACCUGGCCCUGGCUCACCCUUUCAGCCUCUCCUGGUGGCGGGCCGAGGCCAGUGGCUUUGCUGAGAGCAGGGGUGGCAGGCAGAGCCGGCAGGUACAGCUUGCCUGGAAUGGAGGGCAGCCUGCGACUUUGCAGCUCACCUGGGCCGACAGGUCCUUGGCGCACGGCACCUCCUGGGAUGGCUGCGUGGCCACCUCCCCGGGGCAGCUCCAGGACGCCUGGGGCCUGGGCACCCUCAGGGCCUGUGGGGCCUUAAUACAGACCCCAGCCGUGUUCAGCGAGUGGCUCGAUCUGUCUUGGGACGGACGCCGGGUGCAGCAGAACCUGACGUAUGAGAGGCACCAGCCGUCCCGCCCGGACAAGAUCCGUGCAGAGGCCACACUGGAGCGCGUCCUCACGGCCUCCUGCACCACGCAGAGUUUCCAGGGAGUCAUGGAGACGGACUAUGCCCACUGGCUGCGCCAUUCCCUGCAUCUGGGGCUCUGCCACCUGCCCAGGGCCCUCUCGGUCUCCGGGGAGCACACCUUGGGCAGCGGUGGGCUUCUGCUACACUGCAAAUGCCAGCUGGGCCUCGCCCCAGACCCAGACCAUAGCCUGCACCUCAGCCUGACCCUCCGCAACCACAGCAGGCCCCGGAUGCCUGACUUCUCCGGGGAGCUGGAGCUCCGCGGCCCCAAGGCUCAGCAGUUUGGCCUGCUGGGCCGGGUCUCCACCUCAGCUUCUCGAAGCUUGGUCCAGCUGGAGGGGAAUGUGGAUGACGGGGACGAGAAAGUGAGGCUGUUGGUGUCCCGAGCCCCGAACUGCUUCCAGGCCUCGGUGGCCCACAAGGAAGGGAGCCAAGAGGAGAGCGUGGUGCUGCGGGCGUGUGCCCACAGGCGGACUGCGGAGGUGGAGGCCCUGCUCCAGGACAGCGGGCAGCCCGUCCAGCCCCUGGGACGCCUGACCCUGCAGGCUGCCAACCAGAGCCUCCGCUUGGCUGCAUAUGGCUGCCAGGGGACCCUGCUGGGCCACGUGGAGUCCAGGGUGGCUGCUCUUGGGUCCCAGGUGCAAGCCCGGCUGGAGGAGAAGAUCCAUGGCUUGGACGCCUACGUGAGACGGUUCCAGCGCCUGGUGCAGCCGGCAGGCGCCCUGGAUGGCGCGGUAGGCCCCCUUCUGCAGCUGUGCCAGGCGGGGCUGGGGGCCGUGCGGGAGAGUGGCCGGGCGGUGGCCGCGCUGUGGAACCAGAGCCGGGCCAGGCAGGGGCUGACAAACCGCGUGCCGCUCUACCUGGAGAGGCUGCAGGCAGGGCUGGAGCAGCUGCGGGAUGAGCUGGAACAGCCCCUGGCCACGCUGAAGGACGCCUACUUGGAGGUGACAGUGCAGCCCCUGGACAAGGUGUGGCAGGAGCGGGCCGAGGAGGCCGUGCAGCGGCUGCAGGCCUGGGUGUCCGGGACGCCGGGGACCUGGGGGUCCGGGCCCAUCGCGGCAGCGCUGGAGGCCACUAGGGGCGCCCUGGAGCUGGCCACCCACCAGAUGCUGUCUUGGGCUGAAGCUGUGUUCUCACGGGCACUGAGGCGGCUCUGCAAACCCUUGCUGGACCUGUACAGCUUCUCAGCCAGGGACCACUCAGUGGUGGUGACACUGCCGAUGCUGCCUGCAGGGGACGAGCCCCUGGAUGUGGCCCGGGUGACCAGCCACCUGGUGGAGGAGAAGCUGCUGCGGCCACUCCGAGAGCUGUAUGGGACCAGCGUGCUGGCCGAGUACCACCGGCUCAAACGCCGUCUGCUGGGGGCCCCCUCUGGAUACCACGCUGUGGUGGCCGGCACCAGGCAUGUGGUGACCUUCGAUGGCCAGGUGUGGGGCAUCAGUGCCCACUGCAGCAGCCUGCUGCUGGCCAAGGACUUCGCUCAUGACACAUUCUCACUGACACUAAACCGGGUGGGCUCAGGGCUCACGUCCCUGACCGUGAAGUUGAACCACACCACCCUCAUCCUCUAUCCCAGCCUGAAGACCUACAGGCUGUACAACUCCUCCCUGCCUGGGGAGAGCUGUCUGGACCUGGAUGUGCCUCCUGCCAAGACCAGGAGGAACAACGUCCCCAGGAUCGAGCUGACUAGUGAGGACGGUGUCUCUGUUGUCUGUGACCUCCACGCCAGCCUCUGCAGCCUGACUCUCAGCGUCUGGCAGCACGGCCUGUCCGCUGGCCUUCUGGGCACCAACGACAACGAGGCAGGCAAUGAGCUGAUGCUUCCGGAUGGCACAGUGGCCAGCAGCCUGGAGGAGGUCACCCCCGCCUGGCAGGUGGGUGGUGACUGCAGGGCCAUGGAGAAGACUCAGCUGGCAUGCCCGGUACAGAGCCCCACCUGCCGGGCCUUCUUCCAGGACCCCCGCUCCAGCCUGGGGAACUGCUUCGGGGUGGUGGACCCCACACCCUUCCUCAGCCUAUGUGUCCAGGACACCUGUGGCACCCAGGAGCGCCAACCUGCCUGCAACCUGGCGGCCGCCUACAUCCACCUGUGUGCCCGGGGCUUCGUGCCCCUGGACCCUCCUCCACAGUGCGGUAAGCAGUCUGACCCCUGCCUGGGCGCGGAAGGUUGA